AUGGAAAACUCAGUAGCAAAACAGAGUAUCCCUCUCCUGACCCCAUAUAAGAUGGGAAGAUUCAAUCUUUCACACAGGGUUGUUCUGGCACCAUUGACGAGACAGAGAUCGUACGGAAACGUUCCUCAGCCUCACGCUGUCUUGUAUUACUCACAGAGAACCACGCCUGGAGGUUUUCUCGUCACUGAAGCCACUGGAGUUUCAGACACAGCUCAAGGCUAUCAAGAUACUCCUGGGAUAUGGACUAAAGAGCAUGUGGAGGCAUGGAAGCCAAUCGUCGACGCUGUUCAUGCCAAAGGUGGUAUCAUCUUCUGUCAGAUUUGGCAUGUUGGGCGCGUGUCUAACCGAGGUUUUCAGCCAAAUGGGCAAGCUCCGAUUUCUUGUACAGACAAACCAUUGACGCCACAAAUCCGCUCUAAUGGCAUCGACGAAGCCCUCUUUACCCCUCCAAGACGGCUAAGGACCGAAGAAAUCCCAACCAUUGUUAACCAUUUUAGGCUUGCAGCAAGAAACGCUAUGGAAGCUGGAUUCGACGGAGUGGAGAUUCAUGGAGCUAAUGGAUAUCUGAUCGACCAGUUCAUGAAGGACACGGUGAACGACAGAACCGACGAAUAUGGAGGAUCAUUACAAAACCGUUGCAAAUUCGCUCUUGAUAUAGUGGAAGCAGUGGUUAACGAGAUAGGGCCAGAUCGUGUCGGAAUGAGGCUAUCACCAUUCGCUGACUACAUGGAAUCAGGAGACACGAACCCACAAGCAUUAGCGGUUCACAUGGCGGAUUCUCUGAACAAAUACGGGAUCCUCUACUGUCAUGUGAUCGAAGCGAGGAUGAAAACGAUGGGAGAGAUAAAAGCGUGUCCUCACACGCUAACGCCGAUGAGGAAAGCCUUCUCGGGGACUUUCAUCUCCGCGGGUGGUUUCACGAGGGAAGACGGGAAUGCGGCGGUGGAGAAGGGACGAACUGAUCUUGUGGCUUAUGGUCGGUGGUUUCUGGCUAACCCGGAUCUGCCUAAGAGGUUCCAAGUUGAUGCGCCGUUGAAUAAAUACGAUCGACCAACGUUUUACAUUUCUGAUCCUGUCGUCGGUUACACUGAUUAUCCUUUUCUCGAACCAGCUGCUGUUUAA